GCCUACAUUAAUAAAAAAGAUAGGUUAUGUUAUAAAAAUAAAGUGAUUUUAUAAAUAAUGCGUUCAAAUUUAAUAAAAUAUCCACAAUUUUUAAGGAAUUUUAAACGUUAUCAAUCAACCUCGGUUAAUUUAUUGAAAGAUGAUAAAGAAACGCAUCAAAAAGAGAAAAAUAAACGAAAAUUACCAGAUGGACCUAACCUCAAUCAUUUUUUGGUUAAUAACCUAAAUUCAAAGAAAAUCUUUUCAAAACCAAAAGAAAACGUACCGUACGUAAAAGACGUCGAUUUUGGGUCAAAUCGAAAAGUAUUUUUCGACGUUUACGGGUGCCAAAUGAACGUGAAUGAUACCGAAAUCGUUUGGUCGAUUUUAAAAUCAAAUAAUUUCGUAAAAACGGAUGUUCUUGAAGAGGCUGAUGUUGUUUUAAUUAUGACGUGUUCGAUAAGAGAUAGUGCAGAAGAAAGAAUAUGGGGUCGAUUGGAUUAUUUAAGAGGGAUUAGAAAUAAGCGGAUUAAGAUAGGUAAUCGCGAUAUGAAAGUGGGGAUUUUAGGUUGUAUGGCUGAGCGACUAAAAGAAAAAGUCUUAGAGAAAGAUAAAACUGUUGAUAUCAUAGCAGGACCCGAUAGCUACAAAGAUUUACCUAGAAUGUUGGCUUUAACAGAAAAUAAUCAAACUGCUGUUAAUGUUUUAUUAUCAUUAGAAGAGACUUACGCGGAUAUCACCCCUGUGAGGCUUAAUGAAGAUUCCGUAACAGCUUUUGUUUCCAUAAUGCGUGGUUGCGAUAAUAUGUGUACAUAUUGUAUAGUACCUUUUACGAGGGGGCGAGAACGUUCCCGGCCUGUUAAAUCAAUCUUAAAUGAGGUUAAAUAUCUCUCAGAUAGAGGAGUUAAAGAAAUAACCUUGUUAGGGCAAAAUGUGAAUAGUUAUAGAGAUGUUUCAAACGCUUCAGAGAUUUUUAUCCCAAAUACAACCCCUACACAUUUAGCGAAAGGUUUUAAAACAGUUUAUAAAUCAAAAAUUGGUGGGUUAAGAUUCGCUGAUUUACUCGAAAGAGUUUCUUCUGUUAAUCCCGAGCUACGAAUUCGCUUUACUUCGCCACAUCCGAAAGAUUUUCCCGACGAAGUACUCCAUAUGAUACGAGAAAAGUCCAAUAUUUGUAAAAACCUCCAUUUACCAGCUCAAUCGGGCAACACUAACGUUUUAGAACGAAUGAGGAGAGGAUAUACUCGAGAAAUUUAUUUGGAAUUGGUUGAACAUAUUCGAGAAAUCCUUCCGGAUGUUGCGUUAAGUUCCGAUUUUAUUUGUGGGUUUUGUGGCGAAACCGACGAAGAAUUCGAAGAUACUUUGAGUUUAAUCGAAAGAGUUCGCUACAACAACGCCUAUUUAUUUCCGUAUAGUAUGAGAGAAAAAACUACAGCUCAUCGCCGUUAUGAAGAUAACGUCCCGGAAAAAAUCAAAUUAAAUCGUCUCCAAAAAAUGGUCUCGUUAUAUAGAAACAUCGCGGAGACUUUAAAUAGACAAAAAGUUGGGGAAUUGCAAUUAAUUUUAAUUGAAGGGCAUAGUAAACGAUCUAAAAAUCAAUUUCAAGGGAGAAAUGACUCGAAUGUUAAGGUUAUAAUUCCUGCAGGAGAAAUCCCUGUGGGUGAUAGUAAUUAUUUAACAGAUAUUAAGCCGGGGGAUUAUGUUGUUGUUCAAAUUAAUGAUUCUUCAUCACAAACUUUGAAGGGAAUCCCUUUGUAUCAUACUACAUUACAAGAUUUUCAUUUAAAAUAUAAAUAUGUUUAUCCCAAAUGUCAUGAUGAUUAUAUUAAAUGGCAUGGUGGAUAUUUGAAUUAAAUUUGAACGAAAAAAACUUUUUAAUAAAGAUGUGUGUAAUUUA